GUCCACCCACUGUCUCCACCUGAUCCCUUAAGCAGUUGCCGUGCAGAUCAGAGAGCAAGAUCAGGUCUGAAGCCCUCAAAGCUACAUUGAUUAAGCACUGCCUUUUCAGUGCUUGGGAGCUGCCAGAGCCACAGACACAAUGAAACCAAAGUUCAACAUCUGGCUGCCUCUUCUAUCUUUCCUCUUUUCAACUUGCACUGCAUAUGAGGUUCCUGUGACCCGUGAUAACUGCUGCAUCUUGGAUGAACGAUUUGGUAGCUACUGCCCCACCACAUGUGGCAUUGCAGGUUUCUUGAAUAAAUAUCAGCCUGAGGUGGAUCGAGAUCUCCGGGUACUUGAACGAAUCUUGCAGCAGAUCUCCAAUUCUUCAGAUUUAACUGACCAAUUGAUCCGUGAGAUUCGGCAAGUGCACAUCCCUGACCCAUCAACAAGGCCAAAUGUGAUUCCAAGGCAUACUCAGAAGUCUAGAGAAAUCAUUGAUGAAAUCAUCAGAUAUGAAAACAUUAUUGUGGGCCAUGAAAGUACAAUUCAGCAACUGACAGAAAUACUGAUAACAAACAAUAACAAGAUUCAACAUUUGAAGCAAAUCAUUGCUCAGCUUGAGUCGCAAUGCCGACAGCCAUGUGCAGACACAGUCCAGAUACAGGAGUUAACUGGAAGAGAUUGUCAAGACAUUGCUAAUAAAGGUGCCCGGCAGAGUGGCCUCUAUUUCAUCAGACCUCACAAAGCUAAGGAGGAUUUUCUGGUCUAUUGUGAAAUCGAUACAUUGGGGAAUGGGUGGACAGUUUUCCAAAGGAGGCUUGACGGGAGUGAAGAUUUUAAUAAAAACUGGAAUCAAUACAAAGAAGGAUUUGGACAUCUGUCACCAAAUGACCAGACAGAAUUCUGGCUAGGAAAUGAGAAGAUUCAUUUAAUAACCACUCAGUCUGCUAUUCCGUAUGCCUUGCGAAUAGAGCUGGAGGACUGGAGUGGCCAAAAAAGCUAUGCAGAUUAUGCCCACUUUAGACUGGGAGCUGAAGCAGAUAAGUAUCGCCUGACCUAUGCCUUCUUUUCUGGCGGUGAAGCUGGAGAUGCCUUUGAUGGUUUUGAUUUUGGAGAUGAUCCAAGUGACAAAUUCUUCACAUCCCACAAUGGAAUGCAGUUCAGUACAACUGACAGCGACAAUGAUAAAUUUGAUGGCAACUGUGCUGAACAGGAUGGAUCUGGAUGGUGGAUGAACAGAUGUCAUGCAGCUCACCUCAAUGGCAAAUAUUAUCAAGGUGGUGCUUACACUGAAAAAGAUGCUGGCCCAAGUGGAAAUGACAAUGGUAUUAUUUGGGCAACCUGGCGUUCUCGGUGGAAUUCCAUGAAAAAAACAGCUAUGAAAAUCAUUCCAUUCAGCCGACUUGCAGUAGUAACAGGACAGCAAACUGGAGGAGUAAAAGAGGUUGGAGAUGUUUAAAAGAACAUUUUUGACAAAGAUUUAACUGGACAAGUUCACAAACUUUUAUAAAAUGCUACUCUGAAGUUCACAUAAACGCUGAAAUUAAGGAUCUGGUACUAAAAUCAAAUCAUUAAAUGCUCAUUUUUUUCCCUGUUCACCAAUGGAAUAAAAGACAUUCAUUGCUCCCAUUUUCCACUGCAGACACAAGUGCAAAAUCUUGCACAAGUCUGUGGAGAACUGAAUAGCUCAGCAGUAUGGCACAUCUAUUCAAAAGCCUGAAUCCUGGCAUUCUUCGGAUUGUCUAUCUGAAUGCAACAAUGGUGGAGCAAUUUCUACAUGUAAGAGAAUCUUCUUCCACAUAGGCAAAAACUGUUCUAGAAUAGAACCACUAUUUGCAGCUAUUUUUCUAUAUUUCUUCUAAAUAUAUAUUUGAAUAAAUAUGAAUUAAUAAAA